GUGAUCCAGCAAGUUCAAGCCAAUGACUGCAAAUACUGGCCCUUAAGCAACGAGCUAAGAUAUGGUUCAAGCCUCUUGAUGUGGCAAUAACAUAUUGAACAAUGAGAGUCAGUUAACGAUUGAUUUCUAGGCGCUUCAGAUUGUUCAGUAUUGAGAGAGAUUGUUAUUGGUAGAUGGAGUGAAACUGCGUUGCUGGGAGCUAGUAGCCGUGAUCACUCAGGAAGCAUUUAACAUGUUGAUGCAUUAGACAUAAAGAGAGAGGUAAUCUCUGGGAUUAGAUGUUUCAAUUUGCAGCUCUUGUUUUCUAUAAAUAUGUGGCUUAAACUUCACUGAACCAUGAUACGUGUGAAAUAAAUAUAAACCAGUAAUGCAGUUGGAUGCUGGAUAAAUUAGGCAACAAUGAUGACUAUGUAUGAAACCAUUUAUACUUGUGUUAAGUAGGAAUAAAGUGUGGUUUCCACCUGCUGAAGAGAAGCCCAGAAAUACAUAAACUAACUGCUGCCAUAUUUUCCACAAGCACCUUGCUGUAUUGGAUAAUUAAUAUAUGGUGAAUCUCGCAAUUUAUUGGAGCUUCGAAGCGAGUGGAACUCAACGAUUACUUACUCAGAGUUCUCCUCGAUAGUGAGCGCUAUUUCUGGCUUCAUUUGUUUAAAAUAGUGCCGUGGAUAAAAAGCAAUUUGAAACUUAGUUUUGGAGAUAUGUGGAACUGUUAUAGAUAAGGAACUGAGGCUUACUCCAGCUGAUAUCAGGGUUAUUUUUACAGCAUUUUGUGAUUGCUAGAGUUGGACGAUGGCUAACAAGGGAGGUGAAGAAGCCGAACCAGAGGAGCUCAUAGGUGAAAAACCUCCUGAGAGGAAUUGGAAAGGAAUAGGCUUAGCCGCUCUAGUUAUACUCCUAGUGCUUUCACUAGUUGUGGUGGCCGUGUUCUUAGUCUACCCUAGAACUGAAUCAGUAGACUUAGGGGAGGCAUUCACAUUUGAAGAUGCAUCAGAUCCACAGUAUAAACCACGGAGCUUUCAGGCUCAAUGGGUUGGAGAUAAAAACCAGUAUUUCUACCUCAAUAGUGAUGGAGCUCUUGUCGUCAGAGAUCUUGACACAAACAAGACCAUUGAGAUCAUGUCAAACCAAACAUUUAAACAGCAGGACACAGAACUAUUCUGGCUCUCUGAAGAUCUGCAAUAUGUUCUCCUAGCUACUAGUGUAGAGAAGAUAUGGAGACAUUCCUUUACUGCUCAUUAUAAAGUCUACAAUGUAGCGACAAAAAAAAGCACAAGUUUCCCGAAGGAUGGAGACAGAUUACAAUAUGCAGGCUGGUCCACCUCUGGUCACAAGCUGAGCUAUGUGAUGGGCAACAACCUCUAUACUGCAAAUGACCCUGACCUCACACCUAAUAAAGUAACCAGCAAUGGAGAGGAUAGUCUCAUAUAUAAUGGCAUUGCUGACUGGGUCUAUGAAGAGGAGGUCCUGAGUGCCAGCAAGGCUCAUUGGUGGUCACCUGACUCUAGUAAGCUAGCCUUUGCCAUGUUCAAUGACACAAAUGUGAAGACAUAUAGUAUGCCAUGGUAUGGCACAGACACAGGCAGCUAUGGGAGCAGGAGGGAUGUCUAUGGGAUGACAAUAGACAUCAAAUACCCUAAGGCUGGUGAUACUACUGUAGAAAACAACCCAACCUUUCAACUCUAUGUUAACUCAGGUGGAAACAAUGUUAAGUUAAAGCCACCGCAAGACUUCGUUGAUGGGCAGUACUACUUUACAACAAUAGUAUGGAAAGACAACAACCACCUGCUCGUGAAUUGGUUGAACAGGGCCCAGAAUCACUCCAUCAUCACACUGUGUAGCGCUUCACAGGGGAACUGUAUCCUCAACCUCGACCUGAAGGCAGAUGGUACUGAUGGUACAGGGUGGAUAGAUAUUUAUGAGGCUCCAGUUUUCCUACCCUCUGGGACCCAUUACUUCAUGAGGCUGCCUCAGAGAGAAGGAGUAUCUGGUUUCUGGAGGCACAUAGCCAAGAUAGAGACCACUCUCCCAUCUAAUUCAUCAAGUGACGAGAUGACGGGGGUAAGUACCCAUAAAGACUUCAUCACAAUGGGAGAGGAGGUGGUGACAUCUAUACUUGCUUAUAACGACAAUUUGAAAGAAUUGUACUAUAUCAGUACUGGGGGUGAUUCAAGAAAGCGACAUCUAUACAGUGUGAACACAGAGACUAAGGCAAAACACUGUAUGUCGUGUAAUAUCUCAAAUGACUGCCUGUAUGUGACGGCAUCAUUCAGUCACUCAGCUAAACACUAUGUUCUGGGGUGUCUCGGUCCGGGUAUACCAUUCUACCACCUCAAAUCUACAGAGUCUGAUUCAAUUGAGGUAGUAGAGGACAAUGAAGAUGUCAAAGAAAGUUUAUCAAAGAAAGCUUUACCAAAACUAGAAUAUCAUGAAAUUGAUGUAGGGGGGUACAAAACCUGGAUACAAGUUUAUCUCCCUAAAAAACUUAAGAAGGAUGAAAUAAUUAAAUAUCCCCUACUAGUAAAUGUCUAUGGGGGUCCUAAUAGCCAGAAAGUGAAUUACUUAUACAGGAUAGACUGGUCCACGUAUCUGACCAGCUCUUUAGGGUACAUAUAUGCCUCAAUAGAUGGCAGAGGCAGUGGCUACAAGGGAGACAAAUUCCUCCAUGAGAUAUACAGACAGCUUGGUACAAAAGAAAUUGAAGAUCAGUUAACAGGAGGAGCGUUCCUGAAAGAAUUACAUUAUGUUGAUGAAGCUAGGACAGCUAUAUGGGGCUGGUCCUAUGGUGGCUUUGUGACCACUCAUGUUCUGGGGGCAGCAGAUCCAGUGUUCAAGUGUGGUAUAGCAGUAGCCCCAGUCACUGAUUGGUCAUAUUAUGAUACUAUCUAUACAGAGAGAUAUAUGCAGCGGCCAUUCCACACUGAUGGUGGCAAUUACAAGGGAUAUGACGAAUCUAAAGUUAUGGCUAAAGCUGAGAAUUUCCAGAACAAUAGUCUGCUCCUGAUACAUGGCACAGCAGAUGAUAAUGUGCACUUCCAGAAUUCUGCUCAGCUUAUGAAGGCCCUCACACACCAUGGUGUUAUGUAUAGCACACAGCUGCGCGUUGAUGAAGGCAGCCAUAUUGUCGGUUCAGAUAUCUAUACAGACAAAAAUCAUGCUAUCUCUGGGGAAACAACAACGCCGCAUCUAUACCACACAAUGACGGACUAUUUAAAAAAUGAGUGUUUUUGGACUCCUCCUCCACCUGAAGAAUGAUAGAGUAAAAACAAUUUUAGGAAUAUUUUUAAUCAAUCUAAAUUUUAUAAAUUGUUUAAUUGUGAAUUAUGAGAUUACGAGACCCUUGCAUUGAGAAAUGCUAGGUUGUGCUGUCAGACGCCACAUGGAACCAGGUAUAGAGCCCUGUUGAAGCUGUUGAAUGUUCAGUCUGAUAGGACCUGAUUAUUAGUCUGAUAGGACCUGAUUUGUCAGUCUGAUAGGACCUGAUUUGUCAGUCUG